AUGUCACGAUCAUUUUUUGUGGAUUCGUUGAUAAACGAUAAGUGUGAGAAAAAGCCAAUGACGGAUUUAUCGAAAACUGUUUUACCAUCAGCAUCGUCAGCGCCAUAUACUCCUUCGUAUAUCGGAAGCUAUUUGUUCUCAUUAAGUUUACAACAACAGCAACAUCAACAAAUGUUGCAACGUCAUUAUCAGUCACCACCAAGUGAUCACUUAUUGGAUUUAACUACGACAAAGCCAUACAUCCCCACCAAUGUGCCACCACUUUUCAUGCCAGCAGCUAAUUACUACGAAAGAACUUUGAUUCUCAGGAAUUCGCCGACGUCACGUCAACCAGCCAGAUCGCCGUCGGCAUCACCGCCAGUUAUGAAAAUUGAAACGAAAAGAAAUCUUUACACUCCAUACGAUUUAAGUGAAAAGCCAAUGCAUCCGAGUUCACCGAAAUCUAACACGCCAUCACCUACACCCACUCAUUAUGAUUCCGAUUCAUCGAGUAAAAGAAUACGAACUGCUUUUUCAAGCACUCAACUUCUUGAAUUGGAGCGUGAAUUUUCUGCAAAUCAAUAUUUAACCCGUUUACGACGAAUUGAAAUUGCCACUCGAUUAAAGUUAUCUGAGAAGCAAGUCAAAAUAUGGUAA